AUGUCUGGUGGAGAUGUAACAAAGCUUAUGAGUGCUGUUAAGGAUGGACUUCAUGUUGAAUGGGCUGAAUUUAAAAAAUCAAAACUAGUUUCAGCAAAACCAGUCUGUUUAUAUGCUAUUGGGGGUCAGCGUGACACUCCCAUAUCAGCGCUGGCCAGCAUCAGUGCAGGAAUAAGGGAGUGGGAAGAAUGUUUAAAACAUACAGUCGAUCCAACUGUGGACAAGGUGAGAGGUGUGCUGCCCAGUGAAAUCAUGGUAGGGGCAGAAGGACAAGUCAUGCUUUAUCCUGUGCGGCGUCAUGUUCCCAUUGAUGCAGGUGCCUCCACCCCGGGAAGUACAAUAUCAUCUGCCUCGAAGCCAGUGGAACCAAAAAUUUUUCCCUCUGUUGCUGGUGGAAAUAAUAAAAAAUUACCACCCAAAGCAAUGUUAUUAUCUAUCGUAGAACAAACGUCAAAUUACAUGUUGGAUCAUGUAAAAAGAGUGAGUGAAAACGCCUUCAUAGCAGGCAAUAACAAAAUCUUAUUCAUGUGCCUGGCUUCAGCUGCUCUGGUGAGAAGUAGACUCAAUGCCUACAAAGACAUUUUAAAACAACCAGCCUCAAAGAAUCUGACUACUGCACUGGGUCGGUGUGGUGAAGUUGUGGAUUUCAUGAUGCAAAAUAUCCUGAGUUACAACUGUGACCUGCUCCAUUCAUCACUGCUGCAUGACACUGCCAGUCAUGACUGGACAAAUCCUAAGCCUUACCAGGAAAGUAGCAGAUCAUCACUGACUCUCCAAAUGUGGGCAUUCUAUAUGCAAGGUGUGCGGAAUGACCUGUGGAGAUACACGUCACCACGCAUAGGUGAGAGUAUUUUGGCCAGCAUUUUCACCGACACCCUUAGCCUUCUGGCUACAAGAUAUGCCCAG